UGUUUGAAUGUGUAUGAGGAAGGACAAAUGCUGGGAUCAGGAGGAUUUGGCCGUGUGUUUGCUGGGAUACGCAAAGAAGAUGGAUUGCCAGUUGCAAUCAAAUACGUCUCCAAACAGAUGGCAUAUGAAAAACUGCACCUUGCAGGAUAUGGAUGGCUGCCCAGUGAGAUAGCUUUGAUGAUCCUUGCAAACACAGAACCUUCCUGUUCCAACAUCCUGAAGAUUCUGGACUGGUAUGAAGAGCCAAAACGCUAUAUCAUAGUCCUGGAACGUCCCGAACCGUGUGUGGACCUGAGUGGAUUCUGCCUGAAGCAAGGUGAUUGCAUGACUGAGGUUGAGGCUCGAAAACUGAUGUUUCAGCUGAUGGAAGCGCUGAAGCAUUGUAAGAGCCGUGGAAUACUACACCGUGAUGUCAAGCCAGAAAACAUCCUGAUUCAGACAGACAUGUUACAAGUCAAGCUAUUUGACUUCGGAUGCGCAGACAUCAUUAGAGACUCCUACAAUGACUUUGCAGGCACACUUCAAUAUGCCCCUCCUGAGUGGUAUCUACAGGAGCAGUAUCUGGCAGACCCAACUACCGUCUGGUCUGUGGGUGUGACGCUGUACAGACUGGUCUGUGGCUGCCUGCCUUUCCAGACCACUAAGGAUAUAAUUAAUGGAAAUCUGUACUUCCCCGAAAGUCUAUCUCAAGAGUGCAUCCAUCUGAUCGGUUGGUGUUUGAAGGCUAAAGCAGAAGACAGGCCCAGCCUGGAGCAGAUAGAGCUUCACAACUGGUUUCACUCGACAGGUGUUUCGAGUACAAAACUACCGUGCAGGAGGCUGAGAUACAAAUACGUGUGCAGAUACAUCUGAACUUUUGUCCUUAUUCAUUCAAAAGAUUUGAAUUGUUAUUCGGUAAAACAAUCAGCUACAACAGUGUACAUUACAGUGGUUUUAUUAUGGGUAGGGGUGUUGUUAAUUCACUGUAUCGCAUGCCAUCGUGUGUAGGAA